AUGGCUAGAUUUGUAUGUUGUCCACGAAAGAAUGGCUAGGUUAUGGUUAAUGAUAUAAAAAUAAGUACUAUUUUUAAAUUAAGUUUUAAUUGCUUUAAGAUGAACUUUAUUCCUUCUUCUUAAUUGUCUUUAGAACGAUUUUCAAGUUAGCAAUUGUAUUAGAAGUAAGUAAAGGAUAUGAAAAGGAAGAAUUUAGCUGGGACACUCUGGGAAAUAGUGAAUAAAAUGUCAAGAAAAAAAGAAAAGAAAGAUAAAUGGAAUGAAAAUUAUGUUAGUGAAUUUUCUUAAAAUAUCAAUCGCGGGGCUCUAUCAUGUUUUACUGAGCUUUGCACUGAAUUGGCUUGCAAUAAUAAAAUAACGUAAGUUAAGUUUUUAAGAAUAGCGAAGUCAAUUUGUCUAGAUGUAAUAUCAACAUCUAUUAUGCUAUUGAGUUGGCUAAUCUGGUUCAGAAGAAUACAAACAUAUAAGUAUUGUAAUUGGCUGGAUGCAAUUUGAAUUCUUUCUCUCUAAGUUGUAUAUUCAAAUCAGUAAUAGAUUAACCUUUAUAUAGAUGAUAGAUCAUACAGGGUUGACUCAUUUGAAUCUCUCAAACAACAAGGGUUUCACUGUGACAUCGGUUGAGGAUUUUUGUAAAUAUGUCUUAAAAGGCAAAAAUCCAUUACUUGAAAUAAAUUUAAGCUUUUGUAACCUUGACAACGCUUCUCUUUCGCUCAUUUUACCAAACCUGAAGCAUUUGAGAUCGUUAAAGUAUAUUUCUAUUUAAUUCCUUAAGACGAUUCAACAUUUCCCUGGUGAACUUUAAUUCCUCAGAGAGUAUUCUAGCUUUGAGUAGUGCAAUAAUCAAUUAUACAGGUAAUAAAUCAUUAGACUACUUGGAUGUCUCAUGGAAUUGGAUAACAAAUCAGGGUCUUGAACUCUUGAGUGUAGCCUUAUUUAUGUCAGUAAGACAAAUAAAUAUAAGAUCGUUGAAUUUGGAGUAUAAUUAAUUGACGCAAGAAUGCAUAGAAUCUUUGGAAAAUAUAUUGUUGAAAUUGAAUAUUGAGGAAAUAAACUUAUCGAAAAAUAAGAUAUCUGAAUUCUAGAAUCAAUAGGUCUUAAACAAAAAGAUGAGUAGAGUGGAUUUGUCUUACAAUAGAUUUGAGGAGAUCCCGACUAAUUUCUUUUUGAAUGUCCUCUCUCUUAAUUUAUCUAAUAAUUCCAUUAAAACUCAAGGUGCCUAUUAAAUUUCUUAGGUUGUGAGUUCCAAAAAGGUGAUGUGGAUGGAAUUGAAUUUGAACAACAAUGAAAUUGGCACCUAAGGCUUUGUUUCUUUGAUAUAUGCCUUGAUAGAAAACUAAAGGUUAAUAAGUUUAUCAGUGGCGAAUAAUAACAUUAGUGGUGAAGGUAUAUUGGUUUACAUCUUCAAUCAUGAACAAUUGAAUUUGUAGUAUUUAGAUUUAUCAUACAAUUAUCUAAGGUAUGACUUAGUCUAUGCAUUAAUUUCGAUGAUGAAAGAAUGCCAAUUAAGAACACUGGUAUUAUCAAAAUUAAGAUAAGAUGAAAAUGACAUCUGUAGUGGAAGGGAAGAACUGAUUGAAAUUAAAUGUACGAAUUUAAGACAACUUGACUUCUCUGAGAAUAGUUGUAUGAUUUCAUCCAUUCUGAAUUCAUUAUCAAAACAGUUCAAUAGGAUAGAAUAUUUGAAUUUGAAUGGUUGUGAAAUUAAUUAAACACCUUUGGUAGAUGCACUCACUUCCUUUCUAUCCAACACUUAGACCCUGCAAACACUAUUAUUGGCAAGAAACAAUUUGGGUAAGAUGGAUGAAAAGAACUUAAAGACAUUAAAUGAUGGAUUCUUCAAAAAUAACUCUAUAACCUAUUUGGAUUUAUCGUCGAACAAAUUAAAAAUUAAAAUAUUGUCUCUAAUCCCUGGAUUGUCAAAUUGUCGAUAUCUAAAAUAUUUGAACAUUAGUAACAAUUUAAUUUAUGAGACUAAAAACCUUAUUAAUGAUUUCCCUAAAUUGCUUUCUAACAUUAAUUUAUAAUUUUUAGAUAUAUCUAGAAAUUAAAUUGGAGGAUAGACUCUGCAAUUGGCACGCAAGAAAUUGUUAAAAUAAUGUCGUUAAUUCCCACAGAUUAAGAUGUAAAAGCAGCAAUUCACAGCUGAUGAUUUACACGUAAUCACCUAAAUUAUCUCUGAAUCACAUUCAAUUAAGAGAUUAGAGUUGUAAGAUAACGAUUCCUUAGAUUAUAUGAAUAAUGUGAUGAAGUAUGGAAAUGAUGUCAAGGUUGAGUCGCUUUCCAUAAACAAAAUUUUAUUUCGAUAUGAUAGUUUCAGGAAUUUGAUAAAAACAAUUGAAGAAAAUUAUAAGCAUAUUCGAUUUUUAGAAAUAUCAAAUACCUUGCUAUUUUAGGAAUAACUAAUUGAAUUAUUUUCCUCCAUCAAAUUGAUAAAGAAUUUGGUUGUUAUCAUUCUAGACUAUUAGUCAUUCAAAGAGAAGGAUGAGAAGGUCUUGGACACAUUGUAUAGUUGUCUGAACUGCUUUAGGAAUGUCAAGCAUUUUAGUGUAAGAAAAUCUAUUUUAAGUUAUUCGUUCUAUGUUUUUGUAUCUGAAUUACUUAGAAUAUCUUCAAAAUUAAUGGAAUUAGAUCUAAGUGGCAAUGUUAUUAAUAUUAACGAUUUCUAAGUGUUAUGCGAUGGACUUUUUUCAAAUUCCAGUGUGACAAGUAAGUAUUAUUUUGAUAAUUCAUAGCUCUCAAUUUAAAGAAUUGUAAAUUGACUGAUGAAUCUAUACUUCAACUAAUUCCUUGUUUACAUCAACAUUCUUCAAUUAAAAAUAUAGAUAUCUCCCAAAAUGAGCUUUCUUUGAGUACUUUGAAUCAAAUUGAGAAAGUACUAGGUGGUAACAGAAGUUCAAUCUAAACAUUGAAAUUAUAGAAUUUAUAGACCUUCUGGGAUGUGGAUACGAUUAAACAUCAUCAUCAUGUAAACAAUCUUUUAAGGAAUUUAAAACAUAUGGAUCUAUCAAUGAAUUCUAAAUAGAAUGAGAAUAUCAUUUAAUUGUUGGAUCAUUUCAUAUAAAUGAAAACAAUUGAAAACAUACAAAUCUUGACUCUCAAUUAUUGUGGUAUAAUGGAUGAUUAAUGUGAAACUUUGGCUAAAUUGAUUGAAGAUAAUAAAAUAAUAAAAGAAGCUUCUUUGAUAGAAAACAGGUUUACUUGGAAAGGUUUCAAGCUUAUCUUUGAUCCUAUACUAAACAAUAAGAGUUCUUUAAUCAAACUAAAUAUAUCAAAGUAAAAUAAUAAUAUGAAAUUAGAAACUUUAUUGAUGAGUAAUAUUUUAAGGAUUUAACACCAGCAAAAAUAAUACCAUUAACUAACUUUCGUUUAUUAAUAAUAGAUGGAAAUAAGUUCAAAGAACAUGCAUAAGGAAUUGCCCUAUUAUUACAAAAGAAUCCAAAACUCUACAUUUACAAUAAUUGGAUGAAUGUGACAGAGGCCUUUGCUUAAUAGAUCAUUAAUUAAUAUGUGUUAUUUGCAAGUGAUAUUAAUUUAACCAAAGAAGUACCUCAUUAUCUUACACAAUUGAUAAUUAGAAACACAUAACUCAGUGAUCAAUUUUUUAUAUGGUUCGGAUCUCAAUAUUUUAAAUUUCCCUAUUUAGAGUACAUAGAUUUCAGAGGAAGUACAAAACAUAUGACAAGCUUGAGUAAAAUGCACAUGUACAUAGACAUAAUAAACGAAAAUUUUGUAAAUUACAACAUUAUCGAAGUGUGUUUUGAUUAGAAUUAAGCUGACUUGUAAAUAUACUAUUAAGAAUUAGGCCUAAUUAAUUUGAUGAUGGAUUGUUCAAAUAUUGGUUACUCAAUCUAAAAGUCUUCUUAUAGAAUAAGAAUCACAUUUCAUUGUAGAAGAUGGGGUAUAUCGUAAAUGAGACUGAACAAGUCAAAUGGGGUAAAAUUGGCAAAUGGUUAGUACAUUUAAUCAACAAAACACUUAAUUUAAUUUCCGGUCUCAGUUAAGAUUUCAGAUUUAGCAGUUCGUUGCAGAGUUAUACAAGGAAGAAGUUGACCAAAAUCAAGGUAUAUAUGGCAAUAGGGUCAGCAUUCGAAUUCAUUAAAAUUAUGUUGGGUAUUGGGGCUCUCUCUAUGAGAACAACUAUCAAAGAUAACUUUUUUAAAUGUGAAAACACAUCUAAUAAAUGUUUUCAAAAUGAUCUUCACCAAGGAUUUUUUGGAGAAAUCUGCGUUUUCUUUAUAUUGAUUCUCUCCUAAACUUUUGCUAGCCUGCUCUUGGCUAUAAAUAUCAGAUUAAAGGCCACUCCUGAUUAUUGCAUUCAAACUACGGAAAUGGUAAGAUUUCAACGAUUCAAAUUUGCACAUAAGAAUGAAGUGUGGCUCUGUAUAUUGCAGUUUAUUGUUUCUUUUAAUUACUUUCUGGAAUGCAGAAUUAUAGGAUCGAAUUUAGAGAUCAUUUCUUAUAUUAGAGAUAAUGAGAAAGAUAACCUAAUUGGACUCAAAAAUCUUAUGAUCAUCGUUCUUAGUUUUAUGGCAACCUUUUUAUUACUAAAGACAAUUUUUUAAUUGUAUAUCACAUUCAAGUUCCUCUUCCUUUUUUUAUAGACUCCUAAUGCAGAUUAAGCUAACAUCCUCCAAUAAUGCAUGCUCAAAGUGCAAGCAGAUAAUAUGUUUAAUAUCGAAUAAGUGUUAAGCAAUUUCUGUCCAUAAUCAGGAAUAUGUAUUAAAGAAAGACUGUGGAACUAUAAGUAGAUCUUUGAGUUAAUUCAUGGAUUCUUGGAGUUUGCUAUAUUAGUUGAUGUUCUUGUUCUUGCAAAAUAUAGAAAAGACUUCUUCAUUGAAUAGUAGGUAUCCAAUAUGUUUACAUCAACUGAUAUUGUAACUAUUAUUUACGAGAUUGUCACAAUCAUCAAGAUUCUUAUACAUGUCUAUUAGGCCUUGUUAUCAAGACCCCCAUAAUUAAAAGUCUCUGAUCUUAAUGAGGUGUUAUUAUUAAGAAGGUAUGAAAAAUUAGGCAAUUCCUUAUAAAUCAUAUAAUAAAUACCCAAAAAAGAAAGAAAACAAUCAUCUUUGUAAUCUAUUACUAAGAAGAGUGGUCAGGAUUUUAAAUUCGGAUCAGUUAUGAAAACUAAAAGUGAGAGAAGCAUCAUAUUACAAAAAAACAAUGUGUAGUAGUUUGAUGAAGAAUUAGAUUAUAUUCAAGAGAACAUAUAACUUCCUAUGGGAACAAUUAAAUAUAAAUCUAUGAAAAGCAUUUAACUAAAUACUUGA